AUGGAGGUAUACGACGCUACUGCUGCCUCGCGGUAUGAUGUGACCGACGUUGUAUUGCGCGAGGAGGUGCCGCCUUUGAAUAUGGCUGGUGAGCCGACGUAUCUAGAUGAGCUCGAACGCGCAAUCUUGACGACGUAUUGGCUGUUGGGCUUCGAUGGUGUUAAAGGCGACAUGACGCGAUCUGGCAAGGUUGAGUGUUCGUUGGAUUGUGGGAUGUUUGACGACGGUUGCGAUGAUGGCGAUGGUGAUGGCGAUGCGAAGAUGUAA